AGGCAGCACCAACAAAAGAAUGACGAAGUGCAGCAUCUGAGGGAUGAGAUCGCCUCAUUGAAAGAGGAGCUCUACAUGAAGGUAGGCGAACUUUCGAGCCUGAAGGAAGCCAGCAGUCGAAGCGCAGCUGCGAAUAUGGAGACAGUUCGUAAGCUGAAGAUGCAACUGGCUUCUGAACGCGAGGAGGCUCGUAAAACGAUGGCUGCUCUUGGUAGUCAACUGGCCUUCAGGGAGGCAGACUACCAGCUCGUGGCAUCUGAACUGGCGCAAGCCAAAGAAGCAGUGGCGUCUCAGGCGGUCGCUUCUGCUACUGACGCUUCAAAUACUGCUGCCGUGGGAAUUCUCACUUUAAUGAACGCCGUUAUAAUCGGAGGCAUCCUUUACGGCUUCGACUAUCACCUUGCUAUUGAUGAUUUCCCUUGUCAACCGCCAGAUUGGUCACCCUCAAAAUUUGAUGACCUUUCAAACCACUAG